AUGGUCUCUCAACGAGAUAGAGAUCUUCUGAGGGAGGAUAUGCGUGCUCGGGGAGGCAAGCUCAACGCCACGGAACGCGAAUCCCUGCUGAAGCCAUACCUGCCCUCGCCGUCGCCCGCCGCGCCGCGCCGCAAGAAGAACACCGUACGGAAGACGCCCAUCCGGACGUUCCUCAAGUCACAGCUGUACCAGUUUACAUAUACCUUCACGCAUAUUAUCUUCGGAAUCUGUGCCCGGCUCAUCCAGGCGUAUCACGCGGUGGUGGACCGUAUCCUGGCGAUCGUGUACUACCACCACCGGACGCCGGAGCUGAUCCGUAAGGAUGUCCGGGGUUUGAAUCGUUUACCGGAACAUCUGAGCGUGGUGCUGUUCUUACGCAAGGAAGAUGACGCACUGGCCGUGUUGAUGGACGAGGUGGCAGAACUAGCGGCCUGGACGACGUGUUGUGGCAUCUCGACCUUGAGUGUCUACGAGAAGACAGGAAUCCUCAAGUCCUGUCUUCCUACCCUUCAGCAGGCUAUUACCGCAAAGCUCUCAUCGUACUACGGCUCUCCGUCGCAACAACCUGCUCUCCGGCUGUUCGCCCCGCACCAUCCACUCCAUGAUGACCUACAGACACGGCAGGGACAGACAGCGGAGAGAUCCAACCCCAACUCGCUCACGUUGCUCCUGCUCUCCUCCACCGACGGGCGUGAGACGCUGGUUGACCUGACCAAGACGUUGACCGAGAUGUCGCAGAACGGCAAGCUGGCCUCGGAGGACAUCACCAUCGAGCUUGUGGACGCGGAGAUCAGCGAGAUAACCACACAGCCCUCCAGCGACUUGAAGCCGGCCACCUCGCCGCUAGUGAAGCCUGAGCCUGAUCUCCUGCUGGUCUUUGGUCCGUACCUGAGACUGGACGGAUACCCGCCUUGGCAUAUCCGCUUGACCGAGAUGUUCUGCACAGGCGACAAGAGCCAUGGCAUGACUGGCUUCGGGGAGGCAGUCGAGUAUCAGGGCUUCUUGAGGGGGUUGUGGCAUUUUGCCGGUGCGCAGAUGAGGUUCGGGCGGUAG